CUAUAAAGUUCAAUCCGUUCAAAACGUGCGAAAUUUUAUUAGUUGCUAAAGUUUGCUCAAGACCUUCUAGGCGAAGACAUCCGAGCAUCGUAGUCAACGAGAUAAAUACUUGUCUUGAAAGUUAAGUGAUGAAAAUAAAAGCUGCCAUAAUUUGAGGGAUUUGUGCGGGAUUUUGCUAACAAAAAGUGUGAGCUUUACGUUUGCGUGUGUUCCAUACUAAAGUGUUCGGAUUUCUGAAACGUUUUGUGUAUUAAAAGACCUACAACAACUCGUUGCAGACACGGUUAAGAAUUUCUAUACAGUGCAACAAAAGUUGCGUGUUGGUGUUGCCGCAAUUCUCGAUGAUAAAUCAAUACAGCGUUGUCACUUAUCUUGGUUUACAGUGUGAUCAUUCAUUGUGGAUUUUGUCUAAGUUCGUGUAACUUUAGCAGCAGUUAUUAUUACUUUGAAAACAGAACCAUCACACCCGUCAAUUGAUACAACUUUAUAGUGACACAAGGUUACGAAGAACCUUUAAAUGAGUUCUAAUGAGAAUAUGAUUUAAUGCUAUCCAGAACAUACACACAAUUAGGAUUUAAGUGUACGUAACAAGAGUUCUCAGCCGUUAUGAGCCGCCGGUCAUCGCACGCGAACGUCACCGCUCUCCGGCGGGGUUCUAUUGCCGACGCCGCUAAUAAGGGUGCGAAAAGAGUCUCCCUGAAGGACGGAACCCUCGGGAACAACUUGACCAGCCGCCUAGCCGCACUGACGGAGCUCAAAGAAGGCGACGUGUUCUAUAGGACAGAGAGACUAUACCCGUCCAUUCCGGACCACGAGGAGGAGGUCAUCGUGACCUUGGCAGCGCGCGCGGCACGUGACUCUCGCACCGGAUCCAUUGCGGGUAUCACUAGAGACGACAGUGCGUCGACAUUAGAUGGCGCGUUCGCUGUUGAGCGCGAGAGAGCUGCCUCUAUUGCCCAGAGUGCGACAGACAAACGACCCAAGCUGGUGAUUUGGCCAGAAUGGAACGAUACAGAUGUCAAUGCAGAAAAAUGGAGUCCCCUUCAGGUAGUAACGGACAUGGCCCACAAAGGCAAAGAGAAGGACAAGGGCAAGUCCCCUGUGGUGGCUCACUCCUUUGAGGACCCUGAGGGCAAGAUUGAGAUGCCUGCGGGAAUCAAGGUGGACCACUGGAAGCGGCCGCAGGACUACAUCACGGAAAAGACCCCAGUAGUUGUUGACCAGGAUGGCCUGUCUUCAUUUGAUCUUAUUACCACCAGUGAACACCUGCAUGAAAGUGAGUUGAUGCGCUACAUUACCAGUCAGAUAAUGGCACUAUGGGAGGUGUGCGCGGUCAAGAACCCACCCGCGGACCAGAUGCCCGUGGACCCUAACACACCUUACGAGGAGGUCUCCCACACCUGGAAACCGUGGGAGCACAUCUACACGCUCAACAAGGUGCAGAAGGGGCCGCAUGUACCACCGUAUAACCCGUACGGCAAAUAUGCGGUGCGGCUUUAUUGGAUGGGUUGCUGGCGGAAGAUAAUCGUGGAUGAUUCGAUGCCGUUUGACGACAACAACCGCCUGCUGUUACCCUCAACAACUAUGCAGAAUGAGGUGUGGCCGAUGUUGCUGACGAAAGCUCUAAUAAAAGUUGCCUCCCUUGAUUACACUGGUGGAAACCCUAACUGUGAAUUUGGCGAUGUGAGCAUCGUUAGCUGCCUAACAGGCUGGCUACCAGAGGCCAUACCACUGCAGGGCUUUCUAAUAGGGGAUGAACAGGCCCCUAAUACGGGCCCUGGCAAGCACUCAAAAGGGUCGGAUUCGGGUCGAGCCUCCCCGCUGGUCUCUGCGGGCCAGGUGCUUGAUAAAUUCAUCACCCUUAGUAAUCGUCCGAGCCAUGAGAACUCAGAAAAAAGACCUCCCACAAAGAUGGGUUUUAACGAAGACAACAGAUACGGGCAUAUCCAUGAGGUGUGGGAGCUUCUCAAGGGGGUGCUGCCAGAGUUCAAGCUGCCCCUGCAGGACUGGGAGAGGGCUCUCCUAGAUGAGGAGAAGGCAAAAAGGGAUGAGGCCGCGUUAGGGCUGGAAGGGAUCAAAGAAGAGAAGAUGGACACGGCCAGUAAGGACAGCAAGGUGGACAAACCUGAGGCCAAGGCGGCGGGCAAAGAUGCAGGCAAGGAGAAAGGAGCUAAGGACGCUAAAGAAAAAGAGAAGGGAAAGGAACCCAAAGACAAGAAAGCAGAAAAGGAAAAAGACAAGAAAGCAGAAAAUUUAGAACCGUCAAAAAGGGGUCAAAGUCGUGUGGGGUCUAGUCGUAAAUUUAUGUCCAGUCACGUGGACACUGAAGACAAAGUCCUGGAUGAGGCUCCUAUCCCAGAGAACCCAGAGGUCGUCAUAUUCGCCUCAUACCGGAGCGCCCCCAAACAUCCGAUGAAAGUGUCUGUGCUGGGAGAAAGCGCUGAUGCUAGUGAACGUCUGCGUCAGAACGGGUUCUCCCACCUGUACCCGCACCCCGUGCUGGUGACCCAGACCCGGUCCUGCCCCCUGGAGCCCCCUCCACCGCCCGAGAAGAUCCCUGCCUGGAAACUCAUACGACCCAGGAAGAAGAAGACUACCCCGUCCGAUGAACCAAUUGCCACUCCUGAGCCACCCAAGCCUAUACAGUGUGUGGAGGUUACCUCCCCCUUUGUCAACUACAAAGUCAGUCCAGUGCCCAUACCCACUGACACCCACAGACCAAAGUCUUCCCUUGAAAGAGGCGGUACCCGGUCUAGACCUGGGACAGCAGUUGGUGCCAUUGAGGAAACAGAUGAGAAUGCCCCGGAACCAGUCAAGGAACCUCCAAAAGAAGAGCCACUAAGAGAGCUAACCCCAGUAGAGGUUGUUGAAGAAAAACCGACCACCCCAUCCACCACCCCGUCCAAGGGAGGCAAAUCUGGCCGAAAAUCAGCAAGUAAAAAGGAAACAGAGUCGUCCCCUAAGCCUGAACGCAAGGGUAGCAGCAAGGGGCUGAGCUCCAGCGGGGGUAAGGACGCUAAAGAGAAGGAGAGGUCACGCUCAUCGCUUUCAAACAAGCCCACGUCACGCGAGAGCUCGAGAGACGGGGCUGCCACAGAUAAAACCAAGACUGUUGAGAAAACACCAGAGAAGUCUGGCACGAGUCUCCCCGUACAUGCCCAGCUGGAGACCCCAGGGACCGGGGACCAGGCCGGAGGGUUGGCCCCGCCCCCUGAGAACGCGGAACCAGGCGCAGGAGACACUUCCCAGGGGGAGGUUGCCAUGGAGACUGCUCUGGAAGAUGCCGCCGCUCAGAAGACCAAGAAGAAGUGGAUGGAUUUUGAGGAAUUCUGCAGAUGUUUCAAGACCCUGUACAUUUACCACAAGCCUAACACGUACCCAUGUUCUAUGAAACACUCGGACUUGAAGAAACUGGAGUUCAGAUUUCUGGCCCAGAGUGUCGCGCCCCCACCCCCUGCUCCGACCAAGGCAGAUAAGAAAUCUGCCCCUGCACCCUCUGGGGUAAACUCCUCCCCCUCUAAGAUGACCCACUCCCCCUCUCACCCCGUCGCCUCCCCCAUAACUAACCCCCUCCUGCAUACCCUUCACCCUGGUGCUACUCAGGGCGCUUAUGACGACAAGGCUCCCCACUAUCUGUAUGUGGACAGCCUUCAGCCAACCGAGAUCGUUGUCUCGUUCUCUUCGUUGUCCCGCUGGCCCGAGCCUCCGCCGCCCGUCAUUGAAGAGAAGAAGAGCCACACAGGCAUUAAAGGAGCCAAAGAUAAAGUGGACGACAAAGAGAUGACCAAUGUCACCAGCAGCAGCGUCAUGGAAGGUUCCUUCAACGGUGAGAAGCAAGCCCCCGUGGUGGUGACCCCGGGGACCCUAGUGGCCGAGCCCUACUCCUGGAAGAGCCUCGUCACUGGGCAACCAAUACUGCGGCUACGCACCACUGCAAUCAGGGCCGCUGUGCUAUGUCUGCCUGCUGGCCGCCAUGUUUUGAAGUUCAUGAUGUCAGGGCCCCUGGGAUAUCACGUACAUCUCUGCUCAUCCACGCAGUUUGUUUUUGGCGAUGAGGAGACCGUCAUGUCACAACUUACAAAGGAGAGCUGUAGAUUCGUUGAGAAUGCAAGCCAGGUGAUCAACGCCAUAGGCAAGUGUAUCAACACGUUCCAUGAUACAGAAGAGUUCAAGAAGGGGUGGGCGGAGCUGACCGCUGCCCACUGCCCGUACCAGAACGAGAAACAGAUGUCCAAGCAGCACCACUUCAAGAUCUUUUCAGAAUCACUGUAUACAACUCUAAGAAAAGUGCUUCGCGACAUUGCGAGCCCGGAGAUGGCCUUUGCAUGGAGAGCCUUCAUGUUUGAUGCCACAACAAAGAACAUCUUUAUAACACCAGGCAGCAGGCCAGCUACUGGCCACACAAGUCAUCGAGGCUCAGCUAAACAACCCACGGGCACUAAAGGGAAACAACCUGCAGCCCAGACUGAGGGUGAAACAGAGAAAGCUAGCAGUUCUUGGGAGAACAGACAAGCAACCACAGAGGAGCAGGUGGCAACUGUGAAGCUGCAAAAGCAGUGGAAGGGCUACUGGGUGCGCAAGAUCCGCGCUGCACGCCAGCCAGGCUCCGAGGAGAACCUGAAGGUGCAGCAGAACCUUCAGAAGUGCUGGGCCAUCAUUGAGCAGAACCUAGACCCUGGCAACCCGGACCAUCCUGGACUGUUCUUGUUCAGAAACAUGUUCAAGAUGGAGCCAGACCUGAUGGUGAAGUACCCGUUCCACAAGGACGAGUGGAACAAGAUCUCCUACAACGACUACAAGGGACAGUACCCCGAUCAGUCUCCCAACAACUGGUUUGUCGUCUUCAGGGAGGUGUUCCAUGUGAUGGAAGAGAUGCUGGCUGUUCCAAAGCUGUACGUGCCCAUCAACACGUGCAUGCUGCGUGUAAUCAACAAUGACACUGGCGAAGAGAUACCCAGGGUCUUCCAGAAGGUGGCACCCUAUGUGUACAAGAAAAAUAGGAAGGGGUACACGUUCGUAGCAGAGGCCCGUACGACAGAGCACCCGCUGCAGACCGGUACUUGGCGCAUGCGUAUGAUUGGUUCCCUGUCGCCGCUGCCCGCCCCCCAGCGAGGCGAGAUGAACAGCAGCUUCUCCGUGAAGGAGAUCAGAGACUACUAUAUACCAAACAGCAAGAACGUCAUAUUCAGAUACUCUGUGAAGGUGACGGAGGACCACCUGGCGAGUAUCCAGAUGAACACGUCCAAGUCGGACGUGUACGUCAAGCUGGUGGUGCUGAACAACGAGGAGGAAGUGGCCAGCACGCUAGGCAAAGGUCACGCCGUCAUCCCGGCCUUCACCUUUCUCAAGGACAUCAACCCUGAUGAGGAGCCAAAGCGGUCGACGUCAAGAGCUUCAAACAAGGGUGAUGCUAAGGGAAAGAAGUCAAAGCGUGGUGGUUCUGGAAGCAGCAAAGAUGGACGAGCAUCGACCCCGCCUUCUAGGGAAAGUCCAAGGGCAGCAGAAAGAAGCAGUCAGAUGGACCAUCACUCAGACGGUGGACUCAGUGAUGGCGAUCUAGAGGAGCGCGACUUGCGGCCGCACAAGUACAUCGUUGAGGCACAGGUACUGAAGGACAGCUGGCCACUCUCUGAAUCCAGUUGGCAGUUUGUGCAGAUGCUGAAGGAACUGGAGAAGAAUGAGCUCAAAGUUUCAUUUAAAGAAAAGGCAGCGGAAGAGCCCCCUAAAGCAGAGAAGACAACUGCGUCAGUGGACAAGACCAAGGGGGCCGCUGCGAAAGGAGCCAAGGGGGCCAAGGACAAAGGCAAGGACAAGGACAGCAAGGGGUCACGACCUCCAAGCCAGCAGUUUGACCUCAUGAAGCCUCACUGGACAUUCAGGAUUGUCAGUGAUGCCAACGCCGCGGAGGACAUAGAGGUGAAGAAAGACACCGAGCGUGCAGACGAGAUUCGUGCCCUCAAGAAAGCCUGGGAGGAGGCCGAGCCCGGACGCGCUGCCAAGGCAAUGCAAUCGAGACUGAAGUACCUGAAGGAGCACACAAUCAAGCUAGGAGGUGGGGAUGAGGAGACGCUGGAAGGAGAGAAGCUGGAGGGAGAGGGAGGGGCUGACACGACCCUUGACAUCCCACCUCAGACCCCGGGGUCAUUCCUGGGCGAAGACGAUGGAACCCUCACCCUCGAGCCUCCCACACCACCCACACCAAAGGAGAUCCUGCAGCCGGUGGAUUAUACCCCCUUCAUCAUACGUACAGAAGAGAAGCCGCGAUACCUGGACGAGACCGAGAGCAGACGUAAGAUGGAGGAGCAGCAGCUACAGAUCUCGGAGUACAAGGCCUUCAGACAGCAGGUGGAGGAGUGGCGUAGGCGGGACCGAGAGUUGCGUAAUCAGACCAAGGAGAAACAGAUACUGGAGUGCGAGGAACUACAGGCAAUGCUGGACGAGGCAAGGAAAGCAGUGAAUGAGCCUCGUGAGGCGUUCAGGCAGAAAUACCUUGAGGCUGAACGCAAACGUCUUGAGGAGAUCAAUAAAGCCACGGAGGCACAGUUGAAGGAAGCCGAGGCUAAAUCACCCAAGGGCAAGAAAGGAAGUGCCAAAGGCAAAAAGAGCCCCUCGGCAAACAAAAAAAAGAAAUAAUCAAUAAGUUGUAAUAGAUAUUUUUAUUUUUUUAUUUGUGAUUAUAUAUUUAUAAAAAAAAUAUCUUUGUGAUGUCAAUUUAUGGGUAAUGUAGGAAUGUUGUUGUACAGAGGCAGUUCUCCAUCUAGAAUUUGAAAAGACAGGGUGCUCUUUUGUCAAAAGGGCUCUUCAUGAAUAUAAAAGAGUAUUAUAUUUGUAUCAAGGGUUCAACUUGAAACUGUUGCAUAUGAUAUAAUGAUGUUAGCCAGGUGCUUCAGUUGCAUAGACAACCCUUGUCUAUGUGGUAUGUGGUUUGAAUCUGUGAUUCCACUUUCUGUGAUAUAGUCUGAAAAAAGUACUGUUUAUAACAAUUCUAUUACAUUGAAUGUGACUUUUUUAUGUGUUGCGUUUAUUGACUCUGCCCUUUGUGUUAAUAUUGUCAGUUGAAUAUGUAGCAUUGUAUUAUAUUGUGUGCCUGUCGCUUCAACUGUACUGUUAGAGUCUUGGUCUAUUAUUGAAUUUAACUUGUUGAUUUGAAAUGAAAAUUAUUGUAAAUUAGUGUACUUGUGUAUUGUUCUGUGUAGUACACCAUCUUCAAACUUAAAGAUACAUAUUAAAAAAUUUGUAUAACAUAAUGUUUCGCUUCAUUUUAUGACAGUAACAUUUAUAGCUUUGCAACAUUUGAAUUCGCAUUCAUCAACAAGAAUAAAACAACCACUUAAAAAAAAGGUAAAGCCAAAGAUGUUAAAUUCGCAGAACAUUAUUAAAGAGUGACACUGGCAGUGUAUGUACAUUUGUAUUAUUUGUUGAAAAGUUUGUACAAUAGAAAAAAUUUAUACCAAUAGUGUGUGAUAUAAAUUAUUGCAUUUGAAGGGGUAGCUCUCUAGAGACCAUAUUAAUAACCUGCUAUUUAUACUAUAGCUUUGCCCUGCCAUUUCUGUCCUUCUGUAGCAUAUCCUAGGUGUCGUUUUCAAAUGUUGUGGUACAUUUUACCAGUAUUAUUGUUGUUAUAAAUUUUGUGUCUGUUCUGGGUAACUGAUUUAGAAAUGCCAUCAUCUCUUAUAAAAAUUCUAAGAUGUCAUAUGAUUCUUUAUUCAGAUGUUUAUUAGCUGCAUAUUUUGUAAUCGUUAUUAGUAGUUAUGUUAUUAUUUUGAAUUUGAGUUUAUUUGAAGUGUGCUUUAUAAAAAAAAUUGUCUUUAAGUUAAAUUUCAGUGACUGAUAAAAUGUUGCAAUUUCUCUGAUUUUGCAAUUUCUCUGAU